AUGAACCAACCGAGGAAUUUUACGUCGCUGCUGAAUCCGAGUUAUCUGCAGAACGCCCAGCAGCAGCAGCAAAGCCCCGCGAGUACGAAUCCGGCGGCGGUCGCGGCCGCGGCCGCGGCAGCUGCCGCCGCCGUUUCCGCCGCGAUAGCGAACGGCACGCAAAUGAACGCCAAUUCGCCCAGCAUUACGAGCCGCAAGCGAGAGGCAGAAGGAGAUAGUAAACAGGAAAAAGAAACAAAAGAGGGAGAACGUAAGAAGAGGAAAAAGACUAGAUGGAGUGGUAGCGAACAUGACAAAACAUUUAUACCAGGGAUGCCUACAGUACUACCGACAAAUCUGACUCCUGAACAGGAGAAAGCUUAUCUCUUUCAGCUGCAGAUUGAGGAAAUCAGCAGGAAAUUACGCACCGGAGAUCUUGGAAUUCCACUUAAUCCCGAGGAAAGAUCUCCAUCUCCAGAGCCUAUUUACAGUAGUGAUGGUAAACGGUUAAACACGAGAGAAUAUCGUACAAGACGUAAAUUGGAAGAAGAACGUCAUAAUUUGAUUCAGAAGAUCCUCAAAAUCAAUCCAGAAUUUAAACCACCACCAGAUUAUAAGCCACCAAUAAUACGAGUUCAUGAUAAAGUAAUGAUUCCUCAGGAAGAGCAUCCUGAUAUAAAUUUUGUUGGCUUACUUAUUGGACCACGCGGAAAUACGCUAAAAUCCAUGGAAAAAGAAACAGGUGCAAAAAUCAUAAUUCGUGGAAAAGGAUCUGUGAAGGAAGGAAAGGUUGGCAGGAAAGAUGGGCAACCUUUACCAGGCGAGGAUGAACCUUUGCAUGCAUAUAUUACUGCAAAUAAUUUAGAUGCUGUGAAAAAGGCUGUGGAAAGAAUACAUGAAAUUAUUCGGCAAGGUGUCGAAGUACCAGAAGGUCAAAAUGACUUAAGACGUAAUCAAUUACGCGAAUUGGCUUUACUGAACGGAACUUUACGAGAAAAUGAUGGACCGCGUUGUACCAAUUGUGGAGCUUCGGAUCAUAAAUCUUGGCUGUGCCCAGACAAGCCAAAUGUAACGAACAAUAUAGUAUGUUCGAGUUGCGGUGGUGCGGGACAUAUUGCUCGAGAUUGUAGAUCGAAGAGACCUGGUCAAGGGGGUCCAGCUGCUGCUGGAAUGGGAGGAAUGACCCAGGCUGGUGAUAAAGCCAAGAUAGAUGAGGAGUACAUGUCGUUAAUGGCAGAAUUAGGAGAAGGCCCACCACCGGACAGAUCAAAGACAGGUCAAGCCAGACAGAAUCCUAAUCCCAAUUAUCCCGGACUUUUUGACAGACAACAACCACCUCGUGCACUAAUGGCUGCUCCGGCACAUCCACCACCGCAGAUGAUGCAGGGCGGUCCGAUGAUGCCGCCACCAGGCAUGGCGCCACCGCCCCCAUGGAGUCAAGGUGGCGAAGGAAUGAAUAAUAUGAACAUGCAAUGGCAGCCACCAGUAAGCAUGCCACCGCCACCAGGUGUGAUGCAACCACCACCGCCGCCUCCUGGCUCUACCACACAGCCCAACAUUCCGCCGUUAAUGCCAUGGAUGGCUGGCAACAAUCAGCCACCGCCGCCGGGUCAGAUGCCACCUACACAGAUUCCGCCACCUGGUAUGGGUAUACCACCGUGGCAACAGGGUCAACAGGGACCGAUGCGACCGCCACCGCCAGGCACGGCGCCUCCUCCGGGAUUUCCUGGCGGUUGGCAGCCGCAACAGAUGGGAGGCUGGCCGCCAGCCGCUCCAGUUCCACCUCCACCUCAACAACAGACACCGGCACCACCUGGAAUUGACUUGAACACGUUGCCGACAUUGCUGGCACAGCCACCACCGCCACCUCCGCCCACUAGUUAGUCCUAAUCACAUAAUGAGUGAAUGACUUCCGAUUCUGUACAUUAGAGAAGUAAUAUCUAAAUCGCGAUUGAUGGAUAAAAGUUCAAGAAAAGGAGUCUGAAAAAGAUAUUGUACCCAAAUACAGUAUCGUAAAAGACGAUAAGAAUAAAACAAGAAACUCUAGAAAUAAACAACAGAACUUCUGCAACUUUGAUUUGAAUUAUUAGUUUUGAAAUUUUUCUUUCAAGUGUUUUGAUACGAGGAUGUCAAAUUCCUGACGUAUAAUCAUUAAGAAAGAAAGAGAGAGUUCUGUGAAUUAUGUACUUCGGGAAAAGUGAAUAGAUAUAUCAGAGAAAAUCGAAGAUGUAAAUCAUAUGCGCCAAUGAAACACUUAGUUUUAACUAGGUACCAAUUUUAACUUGCUGCAUGUAAGGAACUCUGUUCAUUAUGAAAUAACGCACGCGGAUUUUCUCAUAUGAGCACAAGUGUAGCCGAUUCUACAUUUUUUUUACUUUAUUCCAUUUCCGAAUAUCGCUUCCAAAAUCGAAUCUAUCAAUGUUGAAGAAUUGUAACAUAAUUUAAAAAAAAAUUUGUUUAUAUAUUUUAUUUAUAUAUAAGUAACAUAUAUAAAUACAUAGC